AUGUGGGGUGCCCGGGCGGCGCGCGCGAUGCGGUGGUGCCGGGGCGCUGCACGGUCCGCCGCCCUGGGCGCCUCCAGGCUGCUGCGCAAAAUGCUCCGCAAGAACAAAAAGAAAUUUUGGUAUGACAGCCCUACCCUGGGAUCUAAAAUGAUAUAUAAACCAACCAAGUUGGACGCCCUAAUGAAAAAUGAGCAGACAAAAACUAGGAGAGAAGAUAACAUACGCUGCAGAGUCUUGAAUGGUCUUAUUCAUAAGGCUAUGUCACAGAUGGUGACUACCUGUGAAGUCAGUCAAGAAUUUUAUGAUCUCAAGCUGGAAAUCUGCAAGGUGUCCCUGUCAUCAAACUUUUCAGCAUGUCGUGUGUACUGGAAUCCUGCUGCUACUAUGGAGAAAGAAAGCUAUGUGGAAAGCGUGCUGCGGAAGAGCGCUCCACGUAUACGGUAUCUUCUGAAGAGUCAGCAAAUUCUAGGAAAUGUACCCCCAAUAAUAUUUAUAAAAGACAAAGAAGCUGCAGCUGUGAAAGAGGUCGAGGACUUAUUGGCAAUUGCUGAUUUUGGACCUCCUGAAGAAGAAGAAGAAAUAUUUGAAAAUGAUUCAAGUAAACCAUUCUCUUCAGCAACUCAAUCUUCAGGGCCACCCAUGCGGUCUAAUCUGUUUGGUAUUGACCAUGAACUGCUCAAUAAACAGAUAAUGGACUAUAAAAGACUGAAAGUGUCAAGACAUAUAGAAAGUAUUCCCUGGACAGAAGAGCAGGAGCAGCAGCUUUCUAAGAUUCAGAAGAAAAUGAAAAAGAGAAAACCAAAGAAUCCUGAUGAUGAUGACAUUACACCACAGAAAUACUUACUGGACAAAUAUGACGCUGAUUACUGGGAUGAUAACACUGAAUCGGUCUCAGACUAUGAGUUGGAGGAAGAGGUAAAGGAAUUGGAGAUGGAUGAUGGCAAACAUUUAAGUCAUCCUGCUGAUAAACUAAAAUGAAGUGAAAAAGCCAUUCCUUUCAAAAUGGAGGAUACCAAUAGCAAAAGAAAAAAGACUGCCAUAGAUACUGAAAGGUUGUUUACCUGUUUACCACUUCCAUAUGUAAGAAAAACAAAAAUGCCAUUUGUGACAUUCUGUUAAGCACCUUUCAAGCUGCUACAGUUGUGGAACUUUGAACAAGAGAGUAGUUUUAUAAUAAAAUACACCAAUUGCAGCACUGAGGUAAAACUUCUUGCAGUUG